AAUAAAGAGGUACAAAGGCCCCUCCCUGCUCUUGCGACGCUGGGUGAACGACGCUGAGAGCACCGUGGCCGUGGCCUUCACCCCCACCAUCCCGCACUGCAGCAUGGCCACCCUCAUCGGCCUCUCCAUAAAGGUGAAGCUGAUCCGCUCCCUGCCAGAGAGGUUUAAGGUGGAUGUUCACAUAACACCAGGAACACAUGUCUCUGAGCACGCAGUUAAUAAACAGCUUGCUGAUAAAGAACGUGUAGCAGCUGCUCUGGAAAACUCUCACUUGCUGGAAGUAGUGAAUCAGUGCUUGUCUGCUCGGUCAUAAUUGCCCACUGAGGAAACCUUUGGUAUUAUGUUUUGUUAAGUUAAUUUUGUAUAUAAGUGCUGAUGCAAGUGUUUCACUAUCUGUGUAUCUAUAAACAAAACAAAAUUAUUUGUAUUUUCUUAAAGAAACAU